AGCGUAAGCAGAAGAAGGAGGGCUGGAGCCCCUCCGGCUCCCUGUCCGCACCUGCUCCUCUGGGAAGCGGUUCCGUCCUCCUCUCCCUCCCGCUUUCGCCGGGCCCCCACCCAACCCGUCGGUCCCUCCCCCGAAGCUGGUCAGAGGCUGCAGCGAGUCGCGGCUCUGGCAAAAGUUUUGAGAGGCGCAGAGCUCACGAGCCAGCGGCAUAGAGCGAGCCUUGCCUGGGACCUCCUCGCCCUGUUUGCCCUGGGAUGCGCCCGGCGGGCACCGCGAACCGAGGCCAGUCAGGGUUCUGCUGAAACGGCACUAGGCCAUUCCCUAGGAAGCCAGCGGCUCUGGGAGCAUCCCAAUGCGGCUUCGCAGCCCUGCAGAGGGAUGUCCCAGCCACGCUUUCUCAGUAUCCUGCUGGCACUGGUGUUGUGCCUCCAGGGACCCUCAGCCCAGAUCAUGGACUUCCUCUUUGAGAGCUGGAAGGCCUACAGUGAAGAGUGCCACCACAACAUGAGCCUUCUGCCACCACCGACUGAGCUGGUCUGCAACCGAACCUUUGACAAAUACUCAUGCUGGCCUGAUGCACAGCCCAACAGCACAGUCAAUGUGUCCUGCCCCUGGUUCCUGCCCUGGUAUGACCAAGUGAAGCAUGGAUAUGUAUUCAAGAAGUGUGGUCCAGAUGGGCAGUGGGUGACCAGUCCCGAAGGGAAGUCAUUGCGUGAUGCCCAUCAGUGUGUGAUGGACAAUAAGACAAUCUCAGAGCAGGACAGAUUUGCAAGGAUCUAUGGUAGCUUCAAGGUGAUGUACACGGUUGGCUACUCGGUGUCACUCUGCGCCUUGAUUCUUGCUUUGGCUGUGCUGCUGGGCUUCAGCAAGCUGCACUGUAUGCGCAACUAUAUCCACAUGAACCUCUUCGCCUCCUUCAUCCUGAAGGGCAUCUCAGUCCUUGUCAUCGACACGCUGCUCAACACUCGCUACAGUGAGAAGAUAGAUGACUACAGUGUGGGUCUUUGGCUGAGUGAUGAGGCUGCUGCAGAGUGCCGGGCAGCCACUGUGUUCAUGCAGUAUGGCAUGGUGGCCAACUACUGCUGGCUGCUGGUGGAGGGGCUCUACCUGCACAACUUGCUCGUGUUGGCCGUCUUCUCUGAGCGCAGCUACUUCACACUCUACCUCUGCAUUGGCUGGGGGGCCCCAGUACUCUUCAUUGUGCCGUGGAUAGUGGUGAAAUAUCUUUAUGAAAAUAUUCAAUGCUGGAGUACCAACAAUAAUAUGGGUUUCUGGUGGAUCCUGCGUUUCCCUGUGUUCCUGGCCAUCUUGAUCAAUUUCUUCAUUUUCAUCCGUAUCAUUCAGAUCUUGGUCUCCAAACUCCGUGCCCACCAGAUGCGGUACACAGACUACAAAUUCCGGCUGGCCAAGUCAACACUGACGCUUAUCCCGUUGCUGGGUAUCCAUGAGGUGGUUUUUGCCUUUGUCACGGAUGAGCAUGCCCAGGGCACACUGCGCUAUGUCAAGCUCUUCUUUGACCUCCUCCUCAGCUCUUUCCAGGGAUUACUGGUGGCCAUUCUCUACUGCUUUGUGAACAAGGAGGUACACUCAGAGCUCAUGAAGAAAUGGACGCGCUGGAAACUUGGCUGGGACAUAGAGGAGGAAUACAAGCACACAUACAGCCACACGCCCCAUGUCCACAACGGGAGUGCCAGGACCUGCGAGAAGCACAAGCUGGUUGGCAACUACCUCCAUGGACUGGGCCGCAGCCAAGCAACCAUCCAUACCAGCACACAGUAUCUGGAGAGGACAGCGUGUAGUACCAGCGAGAACUUGGCUGUGGGCGAGCAACCCCAUUGCUACGAGUUCCCGGACACAGCCGAGAGCAACUUCUGAACCUGGACUACUCGCCUGCACCAGGCACGUAGGAUCUGCCUAAAUCUUUGCCCAGACAGCCACAUUGCAGAGCAAGGAGGGCAGCUGACAGCCCAGGACAUGGAGACACCAAGUGGGACAUGUGACUGACAACUGCGCCCUCUGCUUGAAGCUAACUGGAUGGCACGAAUUCUUUUCCAUGCUGAAGAUGUGUGUGUGGCAGACCCACUGAGACUAGCUGCCCUGCCUGUCUGCAUGCGGAAUGCUCCAUGGGUGAGACCCAUGGGUGAGCAAAAUGAAAUGAGGGAGUGACAGCCCAGUCAUAGGGCACCCUGAGAGAGAUGACAACACCAGACAAGCUUUGUAGUGAGAAUACAUUCUGUCCCAUCAUUAAGUCUGCAGUUUAGAUUGUGCCAUGAUUAGCACUGAUCAAACUCCUUAACCAUCUCAGAUUUUGUUUUUUAAAACCAAGUUUCUAGCCCUUAUAAAUUACAGAGAACAAGCUGAGAAUAUGCCAGCAAUAUUUGCUAAAAGGUUAAUACACACACAUGCAUUCACAAGGGUCUGUGCAAUUUUUUAAAUCUAUCAGAUGGUAGGAUAUACAGUAUUCAGACUAUCAGCCGUUCCCAAUGUUUCUGUCAUUUCCCCCCUAUCUUCCAGAACCUGGUAAACACUUCAAUGCAAAAUUCUACAAAUAAAGCUCCCCAAACAAACUGGGCAUGCAAAUGCAAAUAUAAGUAUAAUUGCCCAAUUAUACUUGUCCAAACAUGCAAAUGUAGUUAUAAUUGCCCAAUAUGGCUAAGUGUCCUAUUUGCAAAAUCUGAAAUUUCACGGUAGCAUACCCUGGGCUCUCUGAGUGCAAACUUUCUGGAUCCACUUUCUUAUAUAUGGAUAUGUAGUCUGGUGAACAGAGAUGUCUUUGCCUGCUGAGCACAUGGGAUAGCAUGCCUCUUAAGGAACUCACAGAUCUUUGGGGGUGGUGUAGGAAGCAUUGCCUACAGCGCUUGGGAGGAACAAUACUACCAUUCGGUGUACAUGUGGAAGAGACAAUGUUUACUCAGGUGAGAAGUGUAAUUAACUAUUGACCUUGUAUGUAGCUGUACCAUUGCAUCCACACUAUGGGCAUGUUUGCUUCUUCUGUUCUGGGUGACUCUGUCAAUCCAUGUGUGUGGGCAAUGCAAGCUCUGAGGGCCACCUCUGUGUCUGCCUAUCAAUGCCAAUGUUCUGGGGAUUGAAGGCCCCAAUAAAACUAUACUAUAUGUCCUA